AACAAUGGAUAGAAUUCAAAGGAUAUAUUCGAUGUGAAUGGAUCAAUUUCUACAACAAUGGCUUCGCCCAUGAGAGACUUGAUAACACUUGUGUCAAAACUUUCUUACAGCUUAAAUCGGCUUGUUUCGCUAUUUAGUAAUGCAACAAUACAUGGAAUUUGAAGGAUAUAUUCAAUGUGAAUGAAGCACUUUCUGGAUCUCGACAGCUUGACAAGGAAAACUGGCAUACUGAUGAUACUGAUUUGCGAGGUGACCAGUUUCCAGACAUUGGUGCGCUCCUGCUUGUGUACGCGAUUGGCCGAGACUAAAAAAACUGUAGUGUGCCACCUUAAGGUUUUAGUCGUUUGCUUGUAAGGCAAGAUAGUCCCUGGAGAAGAACUAAAAUACGUCAACAGCCUUGUCAGCGGAAAGACACUCCGUUGCAGUUACUGAAGAUUUGCGAGGUGACCAGUUUCCAGACAUUGGUGCGCUCCUGCUUGUGUACGCGAUUGGCCGAGACUAAAAAAACUGUAGUGUGCCACCUAUAAGCAGGACAGGGGAGUAACCACGCCUGCAGCUACACCAGUGUGCGGUCAGGAGCGUGUCCAGGGAUUGUGUAGGGCUUCCCUGCCAAGUAUUUCUACAACUACAACACUAGAACUCACUGCAGCAGAGGUUUGUCGUCUGCCCCGAGACCAGGGCAGCUGUGAAAACAAUCGUCUCAUCAAGAGUGCAGAAUCUACUGUAGGGUGGAGAACCGUGUCAUAGACACACCUCGAAGAUAGUCAGUCUGUGAGUUGACCCCUGAUCCGGGACCCUGUAACCGCGUGGUGACUAAGUACUUCUACAACAUCACCACCAUGCAGUGUGAGCCGUUCACGUAUGGAGGUUGCCUUGGCAACCACAACAACUUCCAGAGUGAUGAAAAGUGCAUGUCUUACUGUGGUCUGAGACAAAGCCGGUCUACAGCAGAGGAUUGUCGCCUACCCAGUGAGAACGGCCAAUGUCGAGGCAACUACCUUCGCUGGUUCUACGAUCCUGACAUAAGAAACCGCAGGACCUUAAGAUAUGACGGUUGCCAGGGAAACCGCAACAAUUUUGCGACUGAGCAUGAGUGCUUAGCAACAUGCCUGAACGAGGUUAUACCUGUGACUGCCAGGCCGCUACCGCUUACCCUUGCUCCGACCCCUGCAGCAAGAGAUGAGGACAUGUGCACCUUGCCCCUGGUUCAGCCAUGUGACAAUGAGGCUCGUGUUGCCGACUGUGGCACAUUCUUCUACUACAAUGCGGCCAGUGGGGAAUGCGUAGAGGUCCCUGACGGAACGUGUAACAACAACAGCAAUAAUUUCUACACCAGUGACCAGUGCGAGGCAUUCUGCAACAGGGAUAGCAAGCGUUAUGCAGAGACCUGGGACUACCAUGUGACACCUUCAACGUUCCUGCAGUUUGACAUCGCCAUGGGCUGUGACUCCCUGUAUGACACGCUAUAUGGCGUUAUGCUUGAGUACUCUACCAACAUGGGCAGGGACUGGCAGACGGUCACAUCAGAAUGUGCCCCGCCCAGUUACGAGUGCGAUGGUUAUCACCUUAAGAGCGACUACAUGUCCGACCAGCAUCAGAAUUGGACCAGAAUAUCCGUGAAUCUUCCCCAGGGGGCAGUAUCCCCUGCUACCCGUUUCCGCUGGCAACAACACAGUCAGACGCCCAGUGGUAACAUUUGGGCCCUGGAUAACGUGUACCUGGGUGAUGGUUGCCCUUGGCUGUGUUCUGGGCACGGUUACUGUAACAAAGGGACCUGUGUGUGUGAUGAUGGCUAUGCUGGAGAAUACUGUGUGGCAUCCAGACCCCUACCCAUGAUGCUGAGGGAUGAUUUUAUUCGUGACAAACCAAAAACUGACAAUUGGUUGGAAGUGUAUAAUGCUGAGACUUCAAAUAUUUGUGGGACACUCAUCAGUGGCAAUGCUCUGACCUUCAGUGGGGAUCAACUCCGCAUGGCAGUCACUCGAGACCUUGACACCACGAUGCUGACCUCGGUAGAAUUCUACUUCCUGUUUGGAUGCAAUGGAUCCAAGAUGGAGUGGCCUAGGAAGGACAGUGUGCUGCUCCAGUUCUCCACAAAUGGAGGGAUUACGUGGAAACUUCUCAAAGAGCUGCACUACAGGAAUGACACCAUAGCAAGGUUCUUCAGUAUUGAGUUACCCAUGGAUGCCCGAUACAACUCCACUAGACUGCGAUUCUGGCAGCCUCACAGACCAGGUAAGAUGCUGUCAACCUGGGCUGUAGACAACCUGUUCAUUGGACGAAUGGUGAUGAAUCCCAGCUCUAUGUCUGACAACUUUGAGAGUGGUACCAGUGAUACAUCCUGGCUCUUUGUGAAUGAUGGCGAGUUGGACUCCUAUUGUGAACAGAACACCAGAUCUGACAGCAUGGGGGCUGGACAGACAGCGCUCGUAUUCCGUCAAGUGCAUGACAUAAGGGAGCACUCUGUGAUCACACGAGACCUCAAUGUGGGGCCAAUGUCUGUACUUCAUUUUGAUAUCAAUGUGGGCUGUUCAUCAGAAAGUACUCACAAGUACCCGGUGCAUUUGGAGUACUCUUCAGAUGGAGGUAAAACAUGAAGUCUGGUGGUACCUAACUGUGCCCAAGUGUCGUCUGUUAGUUGUCAUGACAGCAUUAUGCACC